AUGAAGAAGCUAGCGCAAGUCGUAGCCUAUAUGCACACGAGCGACAUCCGCCCUCUUGUUACUGAUGGUGUGAGCGAGGUAUUCGUCCGUGGAGUUUCAACCAAAUUCGACGACUGCUCGUAUAUCUUACUAGAUCCAGAGCAAGUCGCACAUCUGGAGAGAAACCUCCGUGCCGAUACAUGGCAACUUGGAUGCUGCUUUGCUCUGGUGCUCGGUGUAGCAAUGAGAGAGUACGAGCACUCCAAGAAGAGUCUCAAGGCCUUGUGUGACGAGGGCUCAUCUAAAGGCGAGGCUUUGAGCAACCAGCUGGCGUAUGAGCUUGUAUCAGGCAUGUUGGACAAGAACCAUGAAACAAGGCUGGAGAUUCACCAAGUCUUGUCACAGAUUGACCAGUUUGUUGCUCAGAUGAAUACAGCUGUAGUGGGAGAUGUUGAUAUGAGCUACUUGUGA